UCAGUCCCUCAGUUUCACCUGCACUCGCUCACUCAGAGACUCAGUCUGGUGUGUUGCGGACUUUCCACAGCUCUCCGACCAGAAAGAGUGACAUAUCUGCUGGCCAUAUUAGAACUGCUCACACGGACUUCAGCUCCUCAUUCGUCGAAGCUCGACAGAGACCUCUGCUCUCCCCGGACACACUUUAGGAUGGAUUCGGCUGCUUUCCUGUUGCUGGCUUUCGCGAGCGCCGGGACGCUUCUCCAAGUUUGGGGCACAGAAAGUGUGACUGCCUUGUAUGGAGAGACCAUUGUUAUACCAUGCAACGAUGGAGCUCCGGCACCCCAGCAUCUGAUGUUCGUCAAGUGGAAAUAUGAAAAAGACGAUGGCACUCCCGGAGACCUGUUGAUCAAACAGACCCGCAGCGACCAGGCCACUGUUCAGGCCACAGACAGUUAUGCCCAGCGGGUCAGCAUUGAUGACAAGUUCAACCUGCGUAUCACUCAGGCUUCACUCAAAGACCAAAAGACCUUCACCUGCAUGGUGGUGUCAGCUGCCAACCUCAUGGAGUUCCCUGUCUCUGUGCUUGUUUACAAGAAGCCCUCCUCAGUCCAGAUUAUGGACAAGUCUGAAGUGUUGCAGAAGAACAAAACAGUAACGCUGGGAACGUGUGUUGCGGCAGAGGCUAACCCCGCAGCUACAAUAACAUGGAAGAAGAAUGGAAAGGCCUUGGUAGACGACGGGAAAGACAUUGUGAUCACCCCCAGCCUGAAGCUGGAUCCAGCCACAGGCCUGUCCACCACCUCCUCCACCCUCCAGUAUGCAGCCACCAAGGAGGACGUCGGUGCGGUCUUUGCCUGCGUGUCCACACACAAGCUGACCACCCAGGAGACCGAGCUGGAACCCUUUCCCGUUCACUAUCCAUCAGAGAAGGUUAGCCUCCAAGUUAUGUCCAAGGGACCCGUAGUAGAAGGAGAUAAUGUGACGUUAAAGUGUCACGCUGACGGCAACCCUCCACCUAGCUCCUUCUACUUCUACAUCAAGGGUGAGAAAAUGCUGGUGCAAAAUUCGGACAUCUACACUUUGAAUGCGAUCAGCAGGGAGGCCGCGGGUGAAUACAAAUGCUCCUUGACUGACAACAAGAAAAUGGAGGCCUCCCAGAACAUCCUUGUUAGCUGAAAGCCUGUGAUCACCAGCCUAACCAAACACCGCGCCGGCGAUGCUCAACACAAAGUUCUGACAUGUGAGGCCGAGGGAGUGCCGGAACCCAGCUUCCAAUGGAGCGUCAACAACACAAACGAGGAGAGCUCUUACAUCAACGGCAAGGCCACCCAUAAGAUCACUGUGAUUCCCAGGGUGAACCUGAGUAUCACCUGCACCGUCAGCAAUAAGCUGGGAGAAGAUGUCAUGACCAUCAAUGUCUCCUCUGUUUUUAAGGAAGAAAAUUGGAAACAAGACGAUUCAGAGGACCAGGCCAAGCUCAUAGUGGGUGUCGUGGCAGGGCUCCUCUUUGCUGCCGCCGUGGUGGGGAUCAUCUACUGGCUGUACAUAAAGAAUUCAAGACAAGGAAGCUGGAAAACUGGUGAGAAGGAGGUGGGGACAUCUGAGGAGAGCAAGAAACUAGAGGAGAACAAUCACACUGUUUAAAGGCACUCAGGCUGUACUACUGGGGAUAAAAGAGAAGUUGAAAGCAGCUUGCAACAUUAAAACUACAGACUCCCAGUUGGCUCCAUCAGGUUCCACACAAGCAGCAACAAUCAGAGUAAAUUUCCACUAAGUCGUGCCCACAGCCUGCUGUCCCACCUCACUGUUUGAAGUCUGCACUGAGGCUGCCUCGUGUUACUGUGCCAUUUUGCUUUUUGUGUUCCUGGUGAAUGCUCCCUGUUAUGUUUCGUUUGAGCGAUUCUGUGAGGCUGUGUGGUGUAGUUUUUUCUUUAGGAUUUUUUUUUCUUUUGUUCUUUUUGUUCUUGAAUCUCUUCAAAGAAUGUAAAUUCCUUGUACACUUUUUAAAGGCCUGUAUAACAAAUCACAAUUAUGCGUGUGCCCUGGCUGAGCAUGCCAAUGUUCAUUUUUGUUCUUAUUUUUUUGUGCGCUGUGUGUGGAAAAGCAUUUGCACAAAGAAAAAGACACUUCACUGCUGUAUAAUCUCUACCCAAGCUGUCCUCAAGCUUUUCAGAAGAUAACCUCGACAUAUCCAUAACCUCCUAACUUAAGUUUUCUUUGUUUGAAACACUGGCCAAAGGAUUUUCUGAAUAUCUAGUUAAUGGAUGCCAAUCACAGAAGAGUCCUUGUUAUAGACAUUGUAUUGGACUGGAUGUACUGUGAAUGAUUUUCUGUACAUGCAGUUUAUUGUAACUGUAACCCCAAAGAAACUAAUUUAGCAGGCAAUCACACAGAGAGGCAUCAUGACAGGCGCUUCAAAAACGCCUUGGCAAAGCGCGUUGGGAAAAACUGAUCAAGUAUGAUUAACCAGUCCCUCCAGGAUUUUGCAGGAUUUUUUUUGAUUGUUGCAGCCUAAAAUGCCUGAUUUGACAGCAAUGCAUGUUGCAAUGUUUUUUUUGCAAUGAAAUUGGGAGUGAAAGUGAAAAAUUAUUGUUAUUAUACUGAUGGCAGCUUGUUCCAGUGAGAAUAACAUCUCAUUGUUUGGAGAGUUCCAAGUAACUUUACUAAAAAAGGCUCAGGAUUAUUAUAACCAGAAACAAGGAAGCGAGGUUGGUGGCGUAUGGCUCACCAUUUUGCGCAGGAAACUGCAAUGAUUGGUCAAUUUGUUGAAAAGUUGCUUUGAUUGGACAAAAUUAUAAGUCGUACAGAAUUCAUAGUUAAUGAUUGAAUUUGCAUUCAUUGUUUGCGAUCACAACAUUGCAACUUCCUGUAGGGACUGAUUGACAGAUUUCAGCAGACGUCGGGCUCUAGAAGAGUAAACUCUAGCUCUUUAGAAUUGGAUAACUGAGUCUACCCCACUACAUCCCUGCUCUGUAGUUCUCUCACAGUCCAACAGCUAGCUAGCUAGCUAGCUGAGCUGUUUACCGCUAUAGUAAACAGCAUCAAAUGGGAAGUAAAUGGUAAAGUAGUAAAGUCUGGCUCUUUGAUUGGCUAGUUGGAUAGUUUAAUGCAUGUCUAAAAACCACUAGAAAAACAUGCGGUGCAGGAGAGGAGCGCACAGCAGGCGCACUGUACCCAAAACAAUGGUUUUGUUGCUGAUCCGUUUCUAGCAAUGCACCUCUGUGUGAUUGGCCGUGUUGUGCUAGUGACUACAUUUUAUUUAUUUAUUACUCUUUUAAUAUUAUUACUUCAAUUAUUACUCCCUGCCAACUGUAAUUAGUUACACUUCUAGUUAUUUUACCCAUCUGCUACUCCCCAUAAGAUUGGUAACUGUGUUUUAUUUGUUAAAAUCAAAGUAAUAGAAGUGUUUCCAUCUUCCAAGGUUACAAAAAUGAAUUUAUGAAUGUGAUUGGAUUGUUUGAUUUCAAAUUAGCAGGGAGGUGACAACAAAAAUAAGGAAACUAAGGUUGUAACUAAUUAUUUUUUUGAGAGGGUAACUAAUAUUAUUACUGAAAUGUAUUAGUAAUUAGUUACACUACUACCCUAUUACUGGGGAAAGUAAUAUUACUGUAAUAUUAUUACUAGUAAUGAGUUACUGCUCGACACUAGGGAUCAACCCCAUACUGUGUUCUAAAUUGCAUUUGUGAAUUGGCAUUCAGCAAAUGAAACAUUAGUUGCUUUUGUUGAUGUCUUUUGUCUCAGGAGGGAUUUUUAAUUCCUUUAUGUUGCAAAUAAUUUGAAAUGAUUGAAAUAAUUUCUGAAAAUGCAAAAAGAAAUGAAAAGGCAAGAAGUCACUGGAAACGUGCAACAACUUGUAAGAAAUUCAAAAGUAUGUUCUGCCAUAACUUUCUUCUUUUUGAAGUUCAUGUGGUUUAGUUUAAUACACUACAUUGUUGACAACAUGUCUUCACCUUUCUGCUCUACAGCUUCUGUACCAACCUUUUGAGGUUGGUAGGUUUUUGGAGUAGAUUUUAAUACUUGCUGUUUUGGUUUUGGAAGAGCUUUACUGAUGCCAGGUCUGAAUUCUAUUUUUUGUGUUUUUGAUGUAUUUAUAUUCUGUGUGCAACCUACCUGGAUGGCGAUGCUGCAGCAUGCAAGAUAGUUGUUUUUAUAAGCCUGCGCAGAAUGCAUCAUGUGUUGAAAAGGUACUGUAUGGUAGGAGAGUUACAUGACAGUUAAUCAGGCGAUACAGUAUCUCAGCUCAUUCUCUGAUGUUUUAAUAUUAUUUUUAGCCCAGUGGUGUGAAGGAUAACACAAACUGAAGACAGUGAUUGAGAUUGGCAGAUUAGAUGAGGUGCAUAAAGAUGUUGGAUUUUACAGUUUUGCUUUGACUCAUCCCAUAAUGCAACAGCCCAGUGACCCACCAAAGAGAGCGUUGAAAAGACGGCUUGAGUAGAAUCCUAAACGUUGUUGUAGUUCACUAGUUUACAAUUCUCAAUGUGUAAACCUGCUGAAUACAUCUACAUAUUUAUGACUCAUGUUCUGAUGAAUAACUUGACAAAAAAGAAGCAUCAACAUUUCACCUCAACCUACAAUCCGUUAAUAUUUCUGAGGAUACCGGGGGAUUAAGACUAUUGCUAAUAGUCAGGAUUAUUUAUAAGAAAUUUGAGUUUACAUCUGGCUAACGCCUCCCUGACCGCAAUGAUUUUAAUCACCUUGCAUCAUGAAUCCCAUUAGUAUGGCAAGACAGUAGCAAUUGCAGUCUUUUAAAUUGACCUUUUCAACCGCUUCAGGGCAUAGUUAGCAGCGUUAAUUUGAAGGAACCGUGCACUAGUUAACUUUGUGAUUGUCUUUGGGAUGCCACUUUUACAAACUGUAUCAAAGAGAUGAUAGUCCACCCUUUUUUUUUUUUUAACACCAUGUAGAAGUUACCAAUGCAGCGCACUCCCCCACCUCGCAUCUUCAGAAUUACGGCAGUAUAAUCAGAUUGUGGGAUGGUUGCGAAGCUAUAUGACAUGAAAGCAGAAAGUCGGUAUUUUUAAGCACCUGGUCCAUCGUUUUCUCAUACCUUUUGUUCCUUUUCAAAUAAUCAGGUCAGCAGUGAAACCAAAGAGGGUAAGAUGAGAAGGCCAUAGUAGUGUUGUAAAUACAGACUUUUGUUUUUGUACUGUUGUUGACAAUAAAGUGUUUUGAA